GGACGAACAGGGAUAGACACACAAUGGAAGAGCGUCUAUCGGUCCUUCUCUGUAUAGCUCUGUUGCCUAGUUUUAUAUUAGCUAUUGAUAAUAUUCUGGGAGACAAAGUUACAUUUCAAGAAACCGAGAAGUGUAAGACUAGCAGAGCCACACUGGUGUGGCUUAAAGACGGCAGCGAACGGCCGGUAGCUCGGUGGGAUGGAGUUUGGAAACCGGAGCAGGGUUACGAAGACAGACUGAGUCCAAACGAGUGUGUCAGCUUAAACCAGACAAACAUGAACGACAACGGACUGUACGUGUUAACCUGCGGCCCCGACUCCGAGACGCGGACAUCCCUGCACGUUGUCCCAGCCUCCGAGGCUCUGGUGUCAGAGGGAGAGCCGGGGAGACUUGAGUUCCACCACUUCACUGUAGGGAAACGGGGGGAGUUUAGGAUGGAAAGAAACGGAGAGCUUGUGUUGGAGCUGGACCUCUCCUCCGGGGAGAUGAGACAUGGGACAGGGUUUGAGGAUAGAUUAUCGGUGUCGCCAGGUUGGAAGUUGAGCGGAGACUUGACGGUGACGCUGCAGGACGUUAAGCCCGACGACCAAGGGGAUUUCUUCAUCUACGUCCAAGAUGAAGACGAAACGCGACCGAGGGAAGGUCUCUCAGCUGUGAGGCUGAAGAUCAGAGAGAAGAUCCCGGACCAGACCACCCGCACCCCGCCGACUGCAGCCGCAGGCAUAUGUCUGACGCAGAAAGAGAUGAUAACUUGGACCGUUGUCUGCAUUCUACUAGCUGUGGUUUUGAUGGCACUUGUCUUUUUCUGUUGUUGGUUGUGGCUGAGAUUCUGGAAACCAAAUGUCCCAUCUGGACCCGGUGGAGGAACAUGUCCGACUCCGACAGAUGGGACAGAUGUGGAGCUGCAACCCCUCACUGAGCCAUGCCCUCCUGGCUCUCACGUUAACGGCAGUCUGCGGCCUAAUGCAAAUGGUCAAUGAGUGUGUUUUAGGUUGUUGCAACUGAUGACAUAGAGCAGUGGUUCUCAAACUUUUUAUAAUAAUGUACCCCCUGGGAAAUAUUCUCUGAGCCAAGGACCCCCCAAAGCAUUUUUUGGUA